AUGUUGAAUCGGUUACGCGCGCUUAUUCGAUCAAGAAAUACUCUUCAACAACCAUUUGAAGAGAUAGAAUCAACUAAAAAAGAAGAACAAAGAGAAGAAUGGGAUCGGCCAAUUGAAUUUAUUCUUUCAUUAGUUGGUUGUUCUGUUGGUCUGGGUAAUGUGUGGAGAUAUCCUUACAUUGCAUUCAAAAAUGGUGGUGGUGCUUUUCUUAUACCGUAUUUUUGUGUUUAUUUUCUUAUUGGAACACCACUUUAUUUUCUUGAACUAUCACUUGGUCAAUUUACUAGUCGUGGUGCAACAGCAGCUUUUAAAAUGUCACGUAUGUUUAAAGGACUUGGUUGGGCAAUGGCAAUUAAUUCAUUUCUUGUUACCAUCUAUUACAAUAUAAUUAUUGCUUGGUGUCUAUUUUAUUUUUUUGCUUCAUUUCGACGAAAACUUCCAUGGAGUGAUUGUGGAAAUUGGUGGAAUACAGACAGUUGUUCAAAUCCAGAUCCAUCAAAGAAUGCAACGAUAAAUUUUCUUUGUCUUCCCACUAAUCAACUAAACAAUUGUUCAUUACCUACAUCACCACCUGAAGAAUAUUUUGAUAAUUAUGUUUUACGACGAAGUAAUUCAUUAGAUGCAAUGGGUUCUCCACAUUGGUCUCUUACGCUGUGUUUACUCUUAGCAUGGAUACUUGUUGCUGCUUGUAUUAUUCAAGGCAUUAAAUCAUCUGGCAAAGUAGUUUAUUUUACUUCAUUAUUUCCUUACGUUGUAAUUUUUGCUUUGGUUAUUCGUGGUGUAACAUUACCAGGUGCAGCAAAUGGAAUUUCAUUUUAUUUAACACCAAACUGGAAUAAAGUUCGAGAAUUUGAUGUUUGGAUUGCAGCUGCUUCUCAAGUUACUUUUUCUUUGUCAGUAGGAUUCGGCUCCAUACUUGGUUAUGCUAGUUUCAAUAAGUUUAAGUCCAAUUAUCUUAGAGAUUGCAUAAUUGUCACAGUUUGUGAUUGUUUUACUUCGGUAUUUGCGGGUUUUGCUGUUUUUCCUAUUCUUGGUUUUAUGUCAUAUAAAACAGGUUUACCUGUUGAUCAAGUAGCUAAAGCUGGACCAGGCCUAGCUUUUAUUGCUUAUCCACAAGCAUUAUCAAUUAUGCCUGGUGGUCCAUUUUGGGCGUUUGCACUUUCUGAUGUAACUAUAUCAGGUUUACUAGAUACGUUUACUAGUCUACGACGUUAUAAACCAUUUAUUAUUCUUGGAUAUUGUGUAGUUUGUUUUUUAUUAGCACUUCCUAUGUGUGCACCGGGUGGGAUUUAUUUAUUCACAUUAAUGAAUGAAUACUCAGCAAAUCUCUCAGUCAUUGUUUGUGGAUUCUUUGAAUUUAUUAUUAUUGCUUAUAUCUAUGGUUUUAAUAAGUUUAUGGAAGAUAUUCGAAUGAUGCUAGAUAAACGACCACUUGAACCUUAUUGGUUUUUAACUUGGUGUAUAUCAGGUCCAAUUAUUACUCUUUUUCGAGCACCAACUGAAGGAAACUAUGUAUAUUCAACAUAUGCUAAUGUUCUCGGUUGGCUUAUGGUUAGUUCAUCGAUUAUAUUUAUUCCAGGUGUUAUGAUCUAUGAAUUUAUUAAAGCAUGGAAAGCAACACAUCGUUACGACAGUCAAAUGUCGAUUGAAAUGCCGCAUUACUUACGAAUGUUAACAUAUGCGAGUCAACCAGAUAAAGAUUGGGGACCAGCAAGAAAGGAAACUCGAUAUGGUCGAUAUGAAGCAAUGAAUCAAACAAUUGAAAAUGAUAGCAAACAGAAUAAUGGAUCAAUUAUUAUUAAUAAUGAAAAUGUCAAUGAAGCUUUUAAUUCUGAACUUGACAUAGCUUCACGAUUUUAA